AUGCGCAGGACAUCUCCCAGGGUGUGUCCUCGAUGUGGUUGCGGUCGCUUGCCGUCCCCGCGAGGACGUGUCGAGGGUGGCCAGAUGCGACUUCUCGACGCCCAGCUGCUGGGAGGAGUUCUACGAGAUCCACCCCGGCCACUUCUCGAGGGAGGAAGAGCGCUUCUUCAUGCUGGUGCCGUUUUUCCUUCCUCGCAUUUCGACUGGUACCAGGUGCCCGCGUCCGUGCUGGAGCCGCACCUCGCUGGGGUGCCUGGGGACCUGCGCGUCUUGCACGUGGGCUGCGGCACCUCGACGUGGACGAAGGACAUCGGCGCGUUGCCCCGCGUGGGCAGCGUCCUGAACACCGACAUCAACGCACCCGCCGUGGAGCGCAUGCGCGCCCUGUACGCCGACGAUGAGCGGCUGCGCUUCGAGGUGAUGGACGCUGCCAACAUGAGCCUCGCCGACGGAUCGUUCGACGUGGUAUUGGACAAGGGCCUUCUGGAUAUCUUCCGCCCUCGAGGGGACGGGGCCGUGUUGCGCACGGCCCUGGAGAUGAGGCGUGUGUUGCGCAGCGGGGGGCUGCUUGCGUUUGUGUCCUACUCGGGCAGAGAGAAGCAGCCGCUGGAACUGGCGCAGUGGUGCACCCACCAUGAGGUGAGGGACGUGAACUUGUACACUUGCAUCAAGGGUGAAGCCGAGGAGCAGGCAUUUAGAAGUUUAACGUUCGAGCCACCAGAUGUAGCGCGGGAGGAGCUCUGA